ACAUGCUCUCUUGUACAGACAGUGUAUUGGGCAAGUGUGAGGCGUUGACGUUCGAGGUAUCCGUCAUGGGUCGGUUCUUGAUUGGACUGCUGGUGGGAUGUGUCAUCGUCACCCUCGCAGAUUCAGAGUGUCACUGUACCACCACUACUGCCUGCGUCGUGUUCCCCUCUACUCCCUGUAGCCAGGUCGGCCGUCCAGACAGAUGUCAGGAGGGAUGGUUCGGUCCUUACUGCCAGAAACAAAAUAUUGCAUUGAGGAGAACAUGCAUCCAGAGCAGUACAUACACGUACGGUCCAGCAUAUAUAUACGGAGCAGGACUUGCUGUAGAUGGUAGAGCCACCACAAAUGCCAGCAGCAUGCCAUUAACAUGUGCUCAUACAGAGCAAGAGACAGAUCCCAACUGGACUGUGAACCUGAACACUUCAGUUCCAGAAAAGAUACUACACAUCAGAAUGUAUCUACGUGAUAACCUGUUAGAAAGAAGCAACGGCAUGGAGUUACUUGUUGGCAGCAAGAUGUGCUACAACUGGUCGUCAACUGAACAUCCUCCUCCUUUAGCUAACGUCACCUGCCGUCAGCCAUUGACAGGAACCACGGUCACUAUACGGAUACCUGGUCCCAGGAAAUUCCUUACUUUGUGUGAGGUGCAAAUAUUUGUUUGCAGUGAUGGCUGGUUUUCUGAAGAUUGUGACAAACAGUGCCGGUGCCUUAGUAGUACUGAUGUAUGUGACAAGAUAACUGGUCACUGUUCUAGUGGAUGUUUCCCAGGAUAUAUUGGUUCCGACUGCCAAACAACAUGUCCAAAUGGCCUUUAUGGUGUCAACUGCUCCACCCAGUGUGGGAACUGUCUAGAUGAUGUUAUUUGUGACAAGUCAAACGGAACGUGUCCUGGAGGAUGUGCAGCAGGUUGGCAGAGUGACACUACAUGUCUUCAAGACUGUGCCAUAGGAAAGUAUGGGAAUAACUGUACAUCAGAUUGUGGAUUAUGUAAAGGAUCCAAGGCCUGUGACAAAGACAGUGGGGAAUGUCUUCAUGGCUGCAUUGGUAACUUCAUGGAGCCUUUAUGUCAAGAGGAGGGGUCCAACUGGGGAAUUCCUGUAGCAGCUGUCCUUUGUAUGUUGCUGAUCUUCACAGUGAUUGGGGGAGCCAUAUACAUCCGACGAUUGAUGAAACAACUGGAGAGCUUGAAAUCUAAGAUGUCAGAGCAACAUUAUGUGAAUCUUGAUGAGAAGACAAAGGUCCAAGCAACAGAAAGUACCUACGAACAUAUCGACAAUGCUACUCCUUACUACAAUACAGUUGAUCACGUUCAGGAUGAAACUUGAUGGUUUUAUCUUUAUCCGGCGGGGGUAUAGAUGACUUCGUUGACUAUACGCUUGUUUAGUUAUUGUUUCUUGUAAUUUGUCAUUUUGUUGCAUAAAAUAACCCACAGAAACACACUUGUUUUACUUUUCAAAUAUAAUAUAAAACAAUACACAAUGGAAAUGAUGAAUGGUGACUUACCGUUCUUUGUGUGCUUGAAGGGCCUCGAAUGGCAUA